UUAUUUAAACAAGCUUUUUAACUAUUUUCAAUUUUAAAAUUUAAUAACUUUGGGAAUCUCUACAUAAAAAAAUAUUUGUGAUAUUCUUGUGAAUCUCAUUCGCUGCAACAGAUAUAAUGGCUUUACGGAAGGAAGAUCCAAAAAUCCAGCCAAACAAUGACUUGGAAAAGAAAAUAAUCGAAGCAUUCGAAGUUUUCGACCAUUCCGGCAAACAAGUGGUCGACGUGCGAGAGAUCGGCACCAUAUUGCGAUCUUUGGGGUGCUGUCCAACGGAAGCUGAAAUUCAGGAAGUGAUCCUCGCCACUGAAAAUAAGGAGGCCACCGGGAAUGUUCCCCUAACGAACUUUCUGCCCUACAUGUGCAAAGUUAUGAUCGAACAUAGGUUCUACCCAGCCAGUGCGGAGAUGCUUCUGGCUGCGUUCAGAUACUUCGACAAAGAAGGCCGUGGCUUCCUGACCAAGGAAAGAUUCACUCAGCUCAUGAUGGAGGAGGGAGAGCCAUUUACUCAGGAAGAGUUUGACGAGAUGAUACAGACGGCUCUGGAUCCAGUGACUGACACCAUCAUGUACGAGUAUUACCUCAACCAGCUCAUGAUUUCUCGAAAGGAUGUUUAUGGGACGGCUGAUGAACUAGAGAAGCAGAGAUUGCAACUAGAAGCUGAAGCGCCGAAGAAAAAACGCACUUCGGACAUUUUGCGCGAAGCAAAGCUAGCCCAAGAGGAGGAAGCUUUGGAGGAAGCUGUCGCAGCGGAAACUGUAGAAUAAAUGGUCGAAUUACCUACAGAUUCGAAGAUGAUUUUGCCGAUACAGUGGAGCCGCCGAAGUAAAUAAAAUAAAGGACUCAUUUAUAAAAUUGGUAGUUAUUUAAAAAACUUGAAAAGAUAUUAGUUGCAGAUUUUGCUUUACUCUUUUUAUGAAAUUAUAACUUUAUCUUUG